CGCUACUGACGCGACGAAGAGCGCGACGGGGCGAGGGGAGCUGCAGAGGGAGAGCGGAGCCAUGAUGGUAUCUAGAAACUAUGCAAGAUAACACCCAAGUAAGGAAGUGCUGCAGGAAAGGCUCAUCUCGGAUGUGAGGAAUCGUUCCCCCACUCCUCAAACCAAGAGCAGCUGCAAUUCAGACUGAAGAUGGACUUCAGAGGGAGGAGAGUGAAGCCAUUGUUGGCUGAGGCUUGGUUCCACGAACCAAAGGGGUGUGGCUCACUAACCAUUACUGGUGGUUCAGAUCUGACCAGGGGGAAGCUGCUGAAGGGUGGAAGCUACUCCUCAGCCAACCACGCCACCUGGAACAACCUGUCUAGGAAGAGAAAAGCAGCCUUUGAAGGGGUGGCUGACAGCUCUGCCAGUGACUGGGGGACAGUGCCUGGCUGGGAGGUGCCAGGAUGCAGCGUACCACAUGAUGGGGUCACUGGCACCUGGGCCAGUUCCAGGCAGCUGGAAGGCAACAGCUCUGCUGCCCACCCAGCCGGCUGCAGCCGCUACAUUCCAACCUGGGCUGCCGAUCAGAGUGAGACCCAGCACAGGAGGGGAAGUGAGCUCGGCAUCAACCCUCGCAGGAGGCAGGAGCGCAGAAGGUUCCGGAAGAGGCGCAGACUGAUGCGGGCCCUGCACUUGCUGUUAAAUCACCGCAUAUCCCCUCUGACUUUCCAUUGGAGAAUAUGGGGCUUGUUCUCCGGCAGGAGGCAAAAUACCCGGCCUCGAGGUGCCCGGCGAGGCCUGCCCCGUCUACAGGGGCAAGUAGGUGAGGUGAUGGAAAGCGGAGCGAUUGACCUGCCACGGGAAUGCCAUCCAAAUUUCCCCGAAGUCAGCGAGCUGCCCCCGACUGACGUCCCUGGCCUGGACCCCGGUGCUUGUGGCUCGUUUGCAGAAGGCCACAGGGACUCACUAGAGGGAAGCAAUGAGUUUUGGCCAAAAUUAGUGGGCAGGGGUCUACAGGGCCCACCUAUGGCCAAUUGCCAAGUUUUGCCCGUGGACUACAAGCUUUUGACUCCAGCGGGACCUUUUGAAAAGGUCAGUAGUCCUUCGGCCCUGCUCCGGGGGACUGUUGCAGAUAGCUUCCCAGAGAUGCCAAAGGAAGGGCCGAGCACCUUUCCCCAGUUGGGUCACCGUGGACUCUCAGGAGCUGGCCGAGCACCCGGAGUCGUGGACCACGGGGAGAGCGCAAGGCUACUGAACAACCCAAGUGUGGAUGGAGAUCGCCACCUGUACUCCCGCCUCAUGGCUCGGCAGAAGGGCAUUCCCCAGCUCUGCCAGGCGGAAGGCAGUGGUGACACUUCAACCCUCAACUCCAUUAGCAUGGGCGUUCAGGAGCAGGAGAGUGGGAUCACGCUCAACCACACAAAGGCAGCCGAAGUGGGGAAUUCCACCCGGCCACCGGUCUCUGGCAUUGCAGAUGCCCUUGAGAUGAAUGGGCACCCGCUGAGUGACCCGGACGAAGUUCCCCAGCUAGAGAGCAGCGAUCCACGGCAGUACAUGGCUGGGGUGGACAACGCAAUUGUCAUCAGCCAUGUCUGCAGCAUCGGUUCACAGAUGGCCGAGCAGCUGUUUGGUGGUGAGGAGGACGGCGGGGAGGGCAGCACAGCCAGUGUGUCCAAGCACAGGCGAGUACUGGAGGGCCAAGGCAGUGGUGCUGGCGAUUUGGAGGCCGAGGCAGGUGCCGCGGAGCAGCUGAAGGCUGGGGACAGGACAGGCACAAACCACGUGGCGGCAAUGAGUGAUGAACACAUCGCCUGUAUCCAUGGGCUCCUGGAUGAGUAUAUCCAAGCGUACGGCAGCUUGAUCCCCCUGAACACGGAUGAGGUGAUUGAGAAACUCCAGGAUGUUUUUGAAGAAGACUUCUCAACCCUUCACAGAAAGAGUAUGAUUCACCACGUGAUGCAGUCUUACCAUCGGAUGGUCGGGAAUAACGCUGUCCGCAACUUCCGUGUAACCUACAAGAGGCAUGUGCUGACAAUGGAUGAUCUCUCUACGUUAUAUGGGCAAAACUGGCUUAAUGACCAGGUCAUGAACAUGUAUGGAGACCUCGUUAUGGACAGUGUCCCUGACAAAGUACAUUUCUUCAACAGCUUUUUUUAUGACAAGCUGAGAACAAAGGGAUAUGAUGGCGUGAAAAGAUGGACCAAAAAUGUUGACAUAUUUAACAAGGAUCUGCUCUUGAUCCCUAUUCACCUGGAGGUUCACUGGUCCCUGGUCUCUGUUGAUGUGCGGCAAAAGACAAUAACGUACUUCGACUCCCAGCGCACCCUGAACAGGAGGUGCCCCAAGCAUAUCGGAAAGUACCUUCAGGCAGAAGCUGCCAAGAAGAACAGACGUGACUUCUACGAUGACUGGAAAGGAUAUUUCAAAAUGAAUGUCGCGAGGCAAAACAACGACAGUGAUUGUGGGGCCUUUGUGCUACAGUUCUGUAAAUGCCUGGCUCUGGGACAACCAUUCAGCUUCACCCAGCAGGAUAUGCCCAAGCUACGACGACAGAUCUACAAGGAACUGUGCAACUGCAAGCUGGCCAUGUGAAGAGCCCACACCCGGGUAUGGCCAAGGCAAGCCUAGUGCUGGGCCAUCAACCAACCAGAUGCAUCCUGUAGUGGACAUUACACAGAUAAUGCGAGAUAAGAGGCUUGAUUAAAUAAUCCUGGUCUUCAAAUGUAUCGAAACAUGAAUCUGUUCUUCUCCUUUUUUAAAAAGAAAACUUUUUUUCUAUGCCAUAUUUUUUCAGUUAUUUAAGUGUUAUUCAAUUUUUGAGAUUCUGGUUUGUUGUGUUGUAUUACCACAUCAGGAUUACGGGACAAAAUCAAAGCAGCAGUGGCUAGACGUGAACGUGUUUGGCUGGUCAGCAUUGUUAAAGCUGCCUUCUUGAGCAGGGAGGAAGUGAUCUGGCCCAGAGGCCUGUUUCCUUUGGCAUGCAGCUGCAUUGGCCUGGAGUGGACGUGAUGCUGGCCACCCUGUAACUUUAUCCUGCCACUGAUUAAUAUGCUGCUUACCUGCAAUGGGCUUGGGGAAGUGGAGGGAGGGGCGAAGAAGUUCACUUGGUUACAUCAGGUUUACACGAAGAAAAUUACAUUCAUUGACCUCUGGGUUAAUGUGAUUAUGGUGGUUACUCACUUUCUAAGUCCACCAGAUUCACUGAAGGCAUUGUUUGGUAUUCUGUUUUCUGUUUAUGUAUAUUUUUUUACAAGCUCGGACUUGAUAUGUGACCAAAAUGUUUUGAGGGGAGAAAAGGAAGUGUGUUGCCACAACUCUUUGAGUACCUCAUAGCAUUGUCCCAGCGCUGGUGUGAAAACCCAAUCAGUUCAUUUGUGACCCUCCUCUCUUUGUUGGAGGUCCUGCUGUUCACUGGUAGCAUGUAAGUGAGCAUUUCUCGCAGAACUGUGUCAGGAAAGGAGGGAGGGGGUGAUGGGUAACUGGUUCUGGUUUCAGUGAAGUACUUUUCCUCAAGAACUUUCAUAUAAAUGGUAUGAACUGGAUUACCUUCUGACUGUUUUCUUAUUUUAUACUCAUCAGUAUAUGGGUUUAAGGAUUUUAUUUCUCUCUUUUAUUUUAAGUUCCUAUUGGGAAUUCAAGAUUGAUCCAUGGCAUUUGGGCUGCGUUUUGAGUAGUCCCUGUUACACUAAUUGAUGUUUUUGUGUACGAAUACAGGUAGCUGGAAACUUUUUUUGAGAUAACUUCUUUAAGCUGUGGUAUGAAACGUAUUUGACUGGUGCCAUCCCUUGUUAACCUAAGCAGCUGCCUUGCAAGGUAGACUUGAGUUCACUUGUGCCGUUCAUCUGAGAACUUACAAAGAUGGUACUGCACACAGGCUGCUUUGCCUAUCCUUUUGACCCCUCUGAUUCAAAUGCAGCUGUCUGAGACCAUGUGGACCCUUCUUUCAUCUGCCCGUUGGUUAAAGUUGAGCAAGGCUGAGAACGAUAAGCCUGGCUUUGUACCAUAACUUUCUAUUAGGACGAGGGACAGUGCAAGCUGGGGCAGAGUUGAUGUCAGUUCAUGGUGUACUUGAGCUGAGUGCCUGAUAUUGGCAUCGGAGACCCUUACUCCCCUGUACCGGUGUGUUCCUUUAUCAGUUACAGAAGCGGUGUCAGUUUCUUUUGAAGGAUAUUUACUAUCCAGCUUAAGUUCUGUACUUGUACUCUCUGGUUCCUUUUCUUGUGGAAAAGAGUUGAUAGCAGUAGAAUUCUGAACUGAAAAGUUUCUAUUGCUUAAGUUGCCCCAUGGUGGAGAGGGAUAUAUUGUAUCCUAUUUGUGCCAAGACAUACUGAGACGCAUACCAUUCAAUAAAUUUUCUGCAGUGACCUGUUAAUAAAACAGUUCCUGACCUGAUACAGGAAGAAUCCACUGGUAAUCACUCUGAGCGAGAUGUAAUUCUGCUCAGUUUUGAAACUCAAAUAGUCGGCAACCUGACCUCCUGAGAAGCUUGAGUCUUUCUGGAACAGCUCCACAGUUCCAGCCGAGGAAUGGUCAUACUGUCAGCUGAGGCAAGGGGGCACAGGGAGAUUGGUGUAAACUUGGGCAUCUAUGGAAGGGGCGGGAGUUCUGCCUCCUCAGAUGUGUGUAACUUUAGGGCUGAAACCACUAUGAUUGAGCUGUUUAGCUCUUAUCAUCCCAGAACAAGCAAAUCAGUGGCAAAGCAGAGCAGGGAAUUUGACCUAAAGCUGCCUUUAUCACUCUCCUCCCUGUCCUAUGCCUUGGGGACAGAUGGAAUGUGUGCAGUGUCUCAGAAUUCUUACCAAGUUUGCUGAUUGUUGUAUUUUGGAAAAACAGGUUUAUGUGGGCAAAGCAGAAUCCAUGACAUGAAAUGGUGCAGUUUGUGCUCAGUCCUUUUGCUAGUUUACAUGCUCCCUCCUGGCAUUUUUUACGACUUUCCCUCCAACCUCUUAACUGAGACCCAGAGCUGUGAGGUGAUACCAUGGACCGUAUUGUUGGUGACCUUCACAAUGACGCUUCAUGUUGAGCCACUGCGCACCAGUGAGCUACUUUUGAACUUGUAUAUUCAGUCAGAGCAGCAGAUACUUGUAAGGGAACAAACUGGUUCCAAAACGUUAAAUUCAAAUUCGUAAACUAAACUGUGAUAAAUUUGCUCAUGCAGUCCAUUUGUGUGACUCCUCCAGCUGUGUUUUGACUAAGUUAAAGCCAUUUGUUCAUGACUUGUAUCUGUAGCCCACAAGCAUUGAAGUUCAAAUGAAUUGAGACCAGGUCUGUAGGGUGUGUGCAGCUAAGAUUGAUAGAAAUGUUGGUAGAAAUGGACAAAGAGAGUUGUGUUGGUACAAGUCCUAUAACUUGCAUUGUCUCAUUCCCCAGUUCUCAGUCUGAAAAAAGUCCGGAAAUGUUGCAGUUUUCUUGGGGAGCCUACUAUCUCUAUGUGUCUGUGAAAGCGGCUUGGCCUCUCAAGAUCUGCAAGAAAUGUUUGAACAAGAUUCUGCAGCUAAUCUGGUCUCCUCUCAUUUCUGUCCGUUGGGGGUGAGCUGCCAUUCAUUAAGGAGUGGCCAGUCACCUGCCUACCAUAUGUUGGCACUGUGGUGCUUACCAGGGGUCAGUCUGUGUACUCUCUGAGGUCGGAGCACUCCAGUGAUCACAUGCUGCCCCCAGACACUGAAUGUACGAUCUUUGACAGUGUGUUUCCUUGCGAAAACUUUGUUCUGAAGUGCCCAGAAGUUCACCAAAUGUUUGAAACUCGGCUCAUCGCCCAAAGCUGGGAUUACAUUUUCCUUCUACACUAAGUUGCCUGAGAGGUUCUGACUUGUGGCUUUGCUCCGAGGCUGCAGAUGUAUUCUGGAUUAUUGUGCCUUUUUUAUGAUUGGGACCAAUUAACAGCAGUCAGUGCGGUCUCUUCCAAUAGUUCUCAAAGACGCUUUUGAAACCUGCUUCUUCUGCACUUCCUGGUAGCAUUUUCCUGAUUGGAAACCACUGUGUCAAUAGAAAAGUCUUUUUUCAUUUUAUGUAUUCUGUCCUUAUGCAUUGAUAAAUGAUUCAUCUGCCACUGGAAACAAUUCCUUCUCUUCAUGAAAGCCUGUGUCAUUUUCAAUUUCUUUAGUAAGUCUCCUCUUAACCUUUGGAGCAACCCCAGCUUCUCAAUCUGACACUCCAUCAUUCUACUUUUCUUUCAGUGGUCGACUUUUGGAGAUACUACGUCCUCCUAAUAUGGUGAGAGUGGAAGGUGGAAGAUUGGCUUCAAGAGAAAUUGCAACCCAGGAAGACCCAUCUUUCAUUUCUGAUGUGGAAGAACUGUUUUUGAUUAGAAAUUCCCUUCAUUGAAAAUAACCGUUUAUUGAAGGAUUUAGAUCUUGUUUGCAAAAGGCACUCAGCUGAUAACUAAAAUAUCAAACCUCCAUUUGUAUUAUAUUGGAUUUUAUAAGCUAUGGGCCAAGUCAUUCCGUGAGUCCAUCCUCUUUUCUCAAGAUUCAAGCAUCCCCCUCUCAAGUACUAUCCAGUGGCCAUGCCAAUACUCUUCCUUUAGAAAGGUAGGGAGAAGGGGCUUGUGAAGUACAGGGAAAUGGUUGUGGCCAAAAUCAGUGGAGGAUUGAUGGUGUAGGCACAGCAAUUAUUCUUUGCAUGUUGCCGAGCUGUUGAGCUAAAGAACUGAAGAGCCGAAAUGGUGGAGAGAAGAGGGAAGAUGUUUAGAUUUUGGUCACCUCUUCUUCCAUCAGCCCAGCAGUCCCACAUUGCAACCACAAGUCUGUGUGCUGUCUCUGUUCCUUAUAGCCAGCCUUGCUGAGUUGACUCCACCAUUAUCCAUGCAGGUGGGAAGUUGUGAAAUGAGAACAUGGCAACUUUACCAAGAGAAAAUGAUAUGCAGAUAGGAGCAGCAGCCUAGCAUAUGUGCAGUUAGCAUGUAAGCUGUACCCUGACUAGCCCCUGAUGGUAGGUCGCUGUGUGUUGAACUUUCUGGGUCAACUGUACGUGGUGAGUAACAGAACCUAGCUAUUUCCUCCAUUCUGAACCCCACACUGAUAGCAACUUCCCCUAGCCUCUCCCACAUCUGUGCACAUGUGAAUAUCAGUUCCAUUUCAUGCUCUUUGGCCACUGAUGGGUUGUAUGCAGUGUGGAUUUUUUUCAGGAUAUUUGGCUGGGUGGUCGGGAGGGGGUAUGGGUAGUGUGUUACACUUGAGUCCAUAUGAUAUAAUGCAGACAUGAAGGUUAUUUGUGUUUUAUACUUGUGUGCCCAUAUUCAACGUGUAUGAAUAUCACUGUUGUACCGAAUCCAAUUUCCUAUACCUUAUAUUGACACAAUAAAGAUCUGAGUCUUGAGCAUAUAAAAGGAAACAUGAAUGGUGUUUCUCAUGUAAGGUCUAUUAACUGAGUACCUCAGUCAUAGAGGGCUUGAAAUUCUGGUAAAGGGAACAACCCUUUCUCCUUCCAUUCCAAAGGUAUACUGUGGAUUCUGGUUAACUAGGCCAUUGGUUAAUCAGGAUAGCUGCUUAUUUGUGACAAAUCUCAAAGAAGAAAAACUAAUGGGGAAAAUAGCUGGGAUUCCCUUUGCUUAUUUGCAACACAAUGCUGCUUAAUUGGGAUAGGCAACUGUUGCUGAACAGUUUCUAACUAAUGUCAGUCACCUGUGGCCAUUAGACAGUACACCGUGCUACGAGCGAAAUAGCAAGAGUUGCGUGUGUUUGUUUUCAAAACGCAGUGACUUUUAUCACUGAUAGUUGGUGAGAAAUAAGCGGUAAAAGAAUUCAGAACUGUUUUGCUCACUGUGGUUUCAAGCAUUCAAGCUCGGAAACGCCAGAAACUACUUCAACAAGUUACUACAAACAUUUUGAAGCUAUUGACAAUCAUCAUGAAUUUUUCAAUGAAAAUGAGGACUCGUCGACAGUUUGUGUGAAUCCAGUUCAUUACCUACACUAGGUGUCUGCGCUGAGUUUGUUCAU